AUGUCAGAUUUUGUGCCGGAAGUCGAAGAAGACGAGGAAAUUCCAGUGAAAUCUGAAGAAAAACAACAAGAACAAGCUGAGGAACCGUUUUCGCGUCGAUUUUUGAACGAAAAAUGGUAUGGAAAAUACGGAGCGGAUGGCGAAUUGCUCAGAUUUGUCGAUGAGAAUUGGGUGGUGAUCGAGGACAAAGAUGAGGCCGAAUUUCUGAGCCAAUUGUGGUUCGAGCAAGAGGAACAAGAGCGAAAAGUGAGAAUUUUCGGGUUAAGCUGGAAAAAAUAUAAAUUUAGGCGCAAGAAAAACUACACAUGGGAUGAGGAGAAACAAGAGUGGAUUCCGAAAGAGCCAAAAGUGGGCGGAGCCACCGAGGAGCCCCAGGUGAAUGAGGAUUUUAUUGCGCAAUAUCAGGCGAAUUACGGUGUACAGUAUGAUGAUUUGUACAGUGAGUGAAUAGUGAUGAUUUUUCUGCAAGUCUGGCUCAAAAAAUGAAUUUUUUUUUUGCAGAAAAAAUGGACGAAGAAAUCCUCCAAAAAACCCAAAAAGCUUUGGAGGAACACGAGGAGAAAAAGGAGAAAAAGCGGAAAAAGAAGGCGGGAGAAGAAGCGGAGAAAAAAGAUGCUUGGAUUGAUUUGGGCGAUAAAGUUCACGCGGUCUAUGUGCAAAAUUUGCCCACCGAUAUUACGGAACAAGAGUUUAUUGUGGGUGAUUCAACGUGACUUGCCACGUGGCAAAAUUCUGAAUUUUUCGCGCUAAAAACCAAUUUUCAAAUUUGAAAAAUGCUAGUUUUCUCUGCGACCAUACAAGGCGCCCGUUGAGUCAGACGCGAGACGACGAGAGUACUUUGCAAAAAUAUCCCGAAAAUGAAUUUCGCUUCGAGAUAUUUUCAAUAAAACAUGUUGUGUUCCUUGAAACAAAAUACGGUAUUUUUUCAAAGGGACACAUAUUUUCUCAAAAAUAUCUCGAAGCGGGGCAAUUUUCCUAUAAAUUUCGGAAGCUAUAAAAAUUCAAGAUUGCCACAUGGCAAAAAUUCUCUGUUUCUCUGCGUCUCUCAGAAAAAACCUAUGGUUAGAGAUAAAACGUGGAAUUUUUUGGCGCCAAAAACCAAUUUUCAAAUUCUCUGCGUCUCCUCACAAAACCAAAUUUUCCAGGAUUUCAUGUCAAAAUGCGGUGUAAUUCAACCGGACGCUCGAACCAAUAAACCAAAAAUCAAACUAUAUCGAGACGAGGAGGGAAAUCUGAAAGGCGAUGCCAGAUGUUGUUAUAUUAAGAAGGUUAGUUGAGCUAACUAACUAGCUAUGACGUGGCAAUUCUCCUUUUCCAUUUUUCAGGAAUCCAUAGCUCUGGCCUGCUCGAUUUUGGAUGGCGCGAAUUUAAAGGGACACGAGGUGAUUGUCGAAGAGGCGCAUUUCGAGCAAAAAGGCGAUUUUGAUCCGACGAAAAAGAAGCGAAAAUUGACGGCGGCGCAAAAGAAACGAUAUAUGGAAUCGCAGAAUAAGUGAGGACAGAAAAUGGUUCGGGAGGGCGAAAUCCACGUGGCAUUGAACUUUUUGAGUUUUCAGAUGAAAAGUUUUGGCGCCAAAAUUCUAGAUUUCGAAAAAUCCACGUGGAAUUGAAAUUUGAAAAUUUUCAAAUUCAGAUUUUCAAAAUUUCAAAUCCUGGUUUUUGGUGCUAAAAUUUUAGAGAAGUACUGUAGACUUCGAAAAAUCCACGUGCCACUGUAAUUUGAAAUUCAAAAUUUUUGGCGCCAAAAUUCUAGAUUUCGAAAAAUCCACGUGGCGUAUAAAUCUCCGAAAUUCAAAUUCAGAUUUUCAAAAUUUCAAAUCAUGGUUUUUGGCGCCAAAAUUCUAGAGGAGUACUGUAGCCUUUGAAAAAUCCACGUGUCACUGUAAUUUGAAAUUCAGAAUUUUGGCGCCAAAUCUCUAGAUUUCGAAAAAUCCACGUGGAAUCGAAAUUUGAAAAUUUCCAAAUGCAGAUGUUUAAAAUUUGAAUUCAAAAUUUUGGCGCCAAAAUUCUAGAGGAGUACUGUAGCGUUUGAAAAAUCCACGUGACACUGAAAUUUCAAAUUCAAGUGUUUGAAAUUUCACAUUCAGAAUUUUUGGCGCCAAAUCUCUAGAUUUGAAAAAUCCCCGUGGCGUAUAACUCUCCGAAAUUCAAAUUCAGAUUUUCAAAAUUUCAAAUCCUGGUUUUUGGCGCCAAAAUUUUGAAGAAGUACUGUAGCUUUCGAAAAAUUCCAAAAAAAAAUCCAAAAUUCUAUACAAAAUUCUAAAUUCUGGAUUUUCGGCGAAAAAAUUCAAAAUUCAAAAACUCCACGUGGCAUAAACUUGGUUCUAUAACAAUUUUUUGCCACGUGGAUUUUUCGCGCUCUUUUUUUUUCCAACAAAAAAUCCCACUUUUUCCUUCAGAAUUUUCGAAUGGCAACCCGAAAAACCGCGAAACUAUCGACCACCGUCCGAUUGUUGUGUGAUCAUCAAAAAUCUAUUCACCCUGGAACAAAUGGCUGUAAGUUUCAGCUCGUGAUUUUUUCAAUUUCAGCCCAGAAAAUACCAAUUUUUCACAGAAAAACGCGGCGCUUUUGCUGGAUUUGAAAGAGGAAAUGGAGCAGAGUUGUCAGAAAUAUGGACAAGUUAAGAAAGUUGUGGUUUAUGAUGUAAGAAAAGGGGAUUUCGGCUGAAAAUGUUGCUCUUUUCGAAAAUUGCAAAACUCAACUUCUAAUAUGAGUUAUGACGUGGCAAAGUUUGAAUUUCAGUAAUUAUUUUUCAUCAAAAUCCAAUAGCGCUAGCAGAUUUUUAUGAAAAUAAUACUGAAAUUCAAACUUUGCCACGUCAUAACUCAUAUUAGAAGUUGAGUUUUGCAAUUUUUGACAAGAAGAAUCUAAAUUCAAAAGAAAAUCAUGCCUGAAUCUUGAAAUUUCACCCAAAAAUUUAAAUUUUUGAGUGAAAUUUUCGGGUUCUUCUCGCGCAGGCAAAUCUAUCGCCAAUUUUUUUUCAGAAAAAAUCAAUUUUAUUUCAGAAUCAUCCCGAAGGUGUGGUUUCAGUCUCAUUUUCAACCACCGACGAAUCAGAUAUGGCUGUAAAAUAUAUGAAUGGAAGAAUUGUUGAUGGCAGAAAGUUGGUCUUAUUUUUUGAUUUUUAGAGUUAAAAAAAAGUUUUCUAGUAGUUUUCGUUGUCUAAAAUUGCAAAACUCAACUACAUGAGUUAUGACGUGGCAAAUUUCGAAAAAUCGGGAUUUCAGGAGCUCAAAACAGCUGCAAGAUUCUGAAAUCGCGAUUUUACGAAAUUUUACACGUCAUAGCUCAUGUUAAGUGUUGAGUUUUGCAAUUUUUGUUUUUUUGACAUGAUCAGCGGGUCGAAAACUACUAGAAAACACACUGUGUAAUUUACUACCAAAUCGCUAGACCUCAAAUCUUUCAAUAAUUUUUUUGGUAGAUCAAAAUUAAUUUUUCUCUAACAAUCUCUCAUUUUUGCGUUAGGGCUGAUUCACGAACGAAAAAAAUGUUAAAAAAUGUUUUUUUAACAUCGAAAGAUCAAUUCACGAAAAGUCAAAAAAUGUCGAGAAAAUAUUGUAGGUCAAAAUUAGUUUUUCGAGUUUUUCAGCCAAAAAUGAUGACAAAUCGAUAUUUUUGAAGCUUCUGGAGUAAUUUCUGAUGAAAAUUGACCUUCGAAAUCACUUUCCAGAAGGUUUUGCUGAUUUUUCGUAAAAUAAAAAAUUUUUAAAUUUUGAUGAAUUUCGAAAAAAUUCAUAAAAUAAAGCAAAAUAGGGUUCUCGAAGCUUAUUUUCAUCAGAAAUUACUCCAGAAGCUUGAAAAAUAUCGAUUUGUCAUCAUUUUUGGCUGAAAAACUCGAAAAACUAAUUUUGACCUACAAUGUUUUUUCGACAUUUUUCGACUUUUCGUGAAUUGAUCUUUCGAUGUUAAAAAAACAUUUUUAAGCAUUUUUUACGUUCGUGAAUCAGCCCUUAAAAAAUCUAGAGAAACAGUUACCCAAACCCCAUUGUUUUUCCAGACUUACCGCUGAACUUUGGGACGGAAAAACCAAAUAUAAAAUCAAGGAAAGCGAAGAGGAUGAAGAAAGACGAAGAAUUGAAUAUGAGAAAUAUAUCAGUGGUGGAAAAACUGAAGAAGAUUGA